AAAUAUCAAGCACCAAUGCCGAACAUUUAUAACAACAACAUCUAUUUUAUAUUUAUUUGAAACUACACUGAUAUUUUGUAGAAAAGGGGAAUCAAUGCCGUCUAGCGGUGAAAUUAUGUACUACAACUAAAUGUAUGUAUUUGUGGUGAUGAUUGAUGAACUCGGGUUCUGGGACCCACGACGACAAUUAAAAGUAUAUUAAUUAAAUUCUACCACAAAGAGAAGGUAUUUAUAUAAAAAAAUAGAAAGUCUGUAGAAACACUAUGCAAAUAUACAGGCUGCUCCUAUCGAAUAUGCUAAAGAUAUUUAAAACAGAACCCGGCUAAGUACACUAUAGCUUGCCACAGAUACACUGGAUGUAGACACAACCGACGCUAUAAAUGACUACAGACCUCAGCUGCAGAUUCAGCGGCCACAGAAAUUCUUAGUAGAGUUGUGUUAAUACCAGGUAGUACACUUGUUACAGGAAAACGCUACAGAUACACUUCCUGCGCACAGGCCUGAUUAGCAGACACUUGUUGCCGAUACAGACUGGUUACGAUACGGACAACACUGACAGCAGGCUUUUUUUUUGUAGAAACAGUCAAAAAAAAAAAGCAAAAUAAAAACCGUUACAGAUUCUGGUUAAAGACACACGGAGUACAGAUUCACUUUGGUACAAGGGAAAAAAACAGCCAACACACAGAGACAGUAGAUGGUGUUUGUACUGGAUAAACUGGCUACAGGAACGAGCUACACAUGCACUGGCUGCAGUCACUUGUCGUGGGAACCAGCUUUAACAAAUGGCCAUGAGCUACGGUCACCGACGCUGGCUGCGGGAACACGCCACAGAGGUCCACGGGAUGCAGACGCACUGGCCGCAAGACGCACUGGCUGCUCUCACUGACAAUCAAGCAGCUUACAGUGAUGUCAAAGCUGCGCGCUCGCUGAUUGGCUGCCCAGCGCGCAUAAUCUUACUUCCGAGUAUCUUAGGGUCUGUUCACCAUGUUGGAUCCUCAUCUCUCGGAUGCCUUGCGAUCGAUAGUUUGACCCUUUCCCAGGAGGAGGCAGGAGCUGCAGCGGCCGCCACAGCAGCUGCGGUAAACGGAGACCGGUGCCGUGAGACCGUGACGCUGACGCGCAUCAGCGGAUCGACGCCGCGGCUUCCUGUUUGGAGAUGAGCGACGCGGAGGCCGGGCUGUGUUGAUGCGGACUCCUCUCAGCUAGCGACCGAGCUGUCAGGUUCAUCUCUACCCGUCUCCCGCGUUCGCCCGUUUGUUCUACAUUUAGAAAAGGAUCAAAGUUUUGUGCCGUGUUUUUUCCUCCUGCUCCGGAUGUGCAUGUGUGCAUCAGCGGCAGACGGACGCAGACGGACUGGCUGCUGCUGCUGCUGCUGCUGUCCAUGGGGAUAAGAAGUUGCGUGUCAGCCGCCGUGUUGAGGAUCUCUCUCGCCUCCGUCACAGUGAUGAGUGGUUUGUUUUCUGGAGGAUCUCUGCUUGAGUAAUAUGUGAGAGCAGUGGACGGACGCGGCCUGGGCCUGUCUGUCUGUCUGCCUGCCUGCCUACUGUACUGUGGCCUGGGCUGGAAAAUACCUCCACUGCAGCGGAUCAGCAGCACUGGUAAUUACGGCCCCGGAGAUUAGCCUUGUUUACGGUGCACACAGCACACAGCGGAGAGGGAGCUUUCAUUGUUGGAUGAGAAUUCUCGACCGUGCCAAGCCUCGGUGCUGCUGCUGGUGGCGGCGGCGGUGGCAGCAGGAGCCGCAGCUCGUGCCAACUUGGACACUUUUGGAAAAGAUGCUGCCUCCUCCCAUGUGAUGAUCUUCGCACCACAGUGUUGAGACCAGGAGGGGAGGCAGGGGCCCCAACUCUGUCAGAGAUGAGGGGCAUCUAGGGGCCACCGAGUUUUAUUUUGUUGGGGGGUGGGGGUUGUUUUGGAUCAGCAUAUCUGUUCAGAGUCAUCGCCAUCGUUCGACGUAGUGGGUCACGUUUACAGGUGACACACAGAAAUAUUUAUUUUUAUUUUUUGUUGACUUUAAUUUGUUGUUUUUUGUAAUAAUAACAAAGUGUCAAAAAUCACUGUUUCCAAAAACUCACAAUGACAGUAACAUCCUCAAAGGUGUUCCCGAAGAAGCUGAGGUCACAGAACUGUUUUUACUUUUAGGUACAAAAAAGGCUUCAUCAGUCAUUAGGACUGAGUUAUUAUCCAGUAAUAGUUUGUUAAAUGCAGAUUAUAUGGCUCUUCUCAGCAAGUAGCUGCGUCUCCGACUUCCACGGACAUCUGGGUGUUUUCUAUAGCUAUGUUGUCUCCGUGUUUCCUGCGCGUUGAGUCCAGUCAUUAACACCACCCUCAGCAGCAGCAGCAGCAGCAGCAGACACUGACGGGGCCUGUGUGAGUGUCAGUGAAUGGCUCUUUGCAGCACGGCGGCUGCAAAUGUUCCAAAAAUGAUGGCUGCUUACAAUGGUGGCUCCUCUGCUGUGGCUGCCCAUCACCCGCAUCCGCACCACCACCAGCUCCAGCACCUCCCAGCCCCACACAUGCACCACCAUCACCACCCUGGCCAGCAUCACCUACAGCACCCGGGUUCUGCUGCCGCUGUCGCCGCCGCCGCCGUGCACACUGACCAGCAGCAGCAGCAGCACGCCUCCACUGCCGCCGCAGCCGCUGCCGCCGCAGCCGCAGCGGUGAUGCUCAACCCAGGUCAGCAGCAGCCUUACUUUCCCUCCCCAGCACCAGGACAAGCUCCUGGGCCAGCAGCGGCCGCCGCUCCAGCGCAGGUCCAAGCCGCGGCGGCUGUCAAAGCCCAUCACCAUCAUCAUCACCAUCAUCACCACCAGCAGCAGCAACAUCAGCAUCAACAUGGCCACCACCUGCAGCAGCAGCUGGACAUCGAGCCGGACCGGCCCAUUGGCUACGGCGCGUUUGGAGUUGUGUGGUCAGUGACAGACCCCAGAGAUGGAAAACGAGUCGCCCUCAAAAAGAUGCCCAAUGUCUUCCAAAACCUCGUGUCUUGUAAGAGGGUGUUUCGGGAGUUGAAGAUGCUGUGUUUCUUCAAGCAUGAAAAUGUUCUCUCCGCUCUGGACAUACUUCAACCUCCACACAUCGACUACUUCGAGGAAAUCUACGUGGUGACAGAACUGAUGCAAAGUGACCUUCAUAAGAUCAUCGUUUCUCCACAGCCUCUGAGCUCAGAUCAUGCCAAAGUCUUUCUGUAUCAGAUUCUAAGAGGACUGAAAUACCUUCAUUCUGCUGGCAUUCUACACCGAGACAUCAAACCUGGCAACCUUCUGGUUAACAGCAACUGCGUGCUCAAGAUCUGUGACUUCGGACUCGCCCGAGUGGAGGAGUCCGACGAGUCACGCCACAUGACUCAGGAAGUCGUAACCCAGUACUACCGAGCUCCAGAGAUCCUGAUGGGGAGCCGUCACUACCACAACUCCAUCGAUAUCUGGUCUGUGGGCUGCAUCUUUGCUGAGCUGCUGGGCAGACGGAUCCUCUUUCAGGCCCAAAGUCCAAUCCAGCAGCUGGACUUGAUCACUGACCUUCUGGGGACUCCGUCCAUGGAGGCCAUGAGGACGGCGUGUGAAGGGGCUCGUGCUCACAUUCUCAGAGGACCUCACAAACAGCCAUGCCUUCCUGUUCUCUACACACUUUCCAGCCAAGCCACCCACGAAGCUGUCCAUCUUCUCUGCAGGAUGCUGGUCUUUGAUCCUUCAAAGAGAAUCUCAGCUAAGGACGCUCUGGCUCACCCCUACCUGGACGAGGGUCGACUGCGCUACCACACGUGCAUGUGCAAGUGCUGCUACACCACCUCCUCGGGCCGCGUGUACACCAGUGACUUUGAGCCCAUCACUAAUCUCAAGUUUGAUGACGGCUUCGAGAAGAACCUGAGCUCUGUCAGACAGGUCAAAGAGAUCAUCCAUCAGUUCAUUCUGGAGCAGCAGAAAGGGAGUCGAGUGCCGCUCUGCAUCAACCCCCAGUCUGCUGCUUUUAAAAGCUUUAUCAGCUCCACAGUGGCUCAGCCGUCUGAAAUGCCUCCGUCUCCGCUGGUGUGGGAAUAGUCGCUGCUGCUGCUGCCGCUGUGACGUCAUCGGCCCCAACUGACACGCUGCUAAACCGGGAACAAAGAGCGCAUCUCAGCGUCUUCUCUAAUCUCUGUAGCAUUUCACUGGAGAGCAGGCCUGGUGAGGAACAGUCCACUGGUAACGGCUUCACGGUCUGUAGCAGAGGGUUUGGGGCGGGAAGGGAAGGAACGAAGAAAAAAGCUCUGAAGACCAAAAUACUGAAUAUUGGAGACAAACCCACGUGCCCAUGUCCAGGUAGUUUAGAUGAAACCUAUCUGAUAUAUGAAGUCAAUUAAUUAUUAUUAUUUCUUUCUUCUUAUUUUCUGUACAUUAUUACAAGUUUUAAAUGUCAAUUUUCAAAGUUCUUGUAAUUGUAAUUAGACUCGUCUGCUUCACUGCGUCCACCUUAAAAACACACACACACACACGCCGUCUGCUUCUUGUUUAGACAAUCGAUUCGAGCGAGUUGAUAGUGUAGGUGCAACAUUAGACGUGCUAGUUUCUCUAUUUUAUCCAAAAACUAAUUUAACUUAUUGGAAGCCUAGUGUCCACAGUGUUCCUAAUAUUUGGUCCUGGUUUUUAAACACGAAACAUUUUGUUUGCCAAAGACGAGGGAAUCACGUAUAAAAUGUCACACUGUUCGUUCUGCAAAUUGUAGCAGCACAUUUUCAGACAUUGAACCGAGUCUGACGAGUGUCAGGCAUUUGGAAAGGUCGAGUGGGGUCAGCGAGGGUCAGCGAGUCCAAAGUCGACUCUUUUUAUAUGUUAUUUUUUACAAAAACACU